GAUUCCACCAACAGGCGACUAUGGCGGAAAAGUGGUGCUACGAAGCGAAAAAUAUUUGCCUUGCCUUGUGAAUUUAUUUAAGGAGUGUUGAACUAAGCAAAGCAGAUAAUUAGGAUUUCCCUGCCGGGCUCCUUCGUAGAAAAACUACAAAACGAGCGGACUUAAUGUGUACAAUUUGUGGAAACAGAUGUAAGUUCUAGUGUUCAAUCCAGACUAGCUGAUUGCUUAAAAGUUGCCGAGGAAGGUGUGUGUUUGUGUGACUUCAUCGUUCAAAAUGAGCUCAGCACACGGUGGCAGAAGGAGACCGCUUACAAGGACAACUUCUUCUUCAGAAGACCAGGCCUUAAAUCAAAUUGCUCGUGAGGCAGAGGCACGUCUUGCAGCAAAAAGAGCAGCCAGAGCAGAGGCAAGGAGUAUUCGUCUGAAGGAGCUUGAGCUUGAAAGGCAACAAGAAGAAGGAGGAAAUGUUGAUGAUGAUGAACAGGCUUUAAAUGAGGAGCCACCCAUCCCACCUGCAAGAAAGAAGAAUCCAGUGGCAAGAUCAAUUUCUACAGGAUCUUCAAGCCUUAGUACUGUUCAAAGAGACCAGAGUAUAGACAUGAAUGGGCCAUUGGUGCCAGAGAAGGUUUUAAAAAGUCUUCAGGAAAACCUGAAAGAAAUUGAAGAUAAGUACAGAAAGGCAAUGGUUUCCAAUGCUCAGCUGGACAAUGAGAAGCAAGCACUACUGUAUCAAGUGGACUGUCUGAAAGACAGACUUGUUGAAGAGGAAGAGAUUUCAGGUGAAGUAAAAGCUGAAUUCAAAGAAAAAGCAAAGGAAUGCAGUAGAUUUGAAAAGACCAUAAAAAGCAAGGAAGAAGAAAUUCAACAACUCAAGGAAGCCAUUGAGUUUAGAGAUAAUUUCUUGGCGGAGCGAGGUCUUUCCUUGUACGAAGAUCAGGUUCUGAAGGAUGGUGAGGAUGAUGAAACUAGCACAGUUAGUUUAAGGGAUGCUCUCAGUUUGGCCGUGCCUGAUGAAACAUCUUCAGAUCGAAGCAGUGUAUCUGAACCACUAAAGAGUCGUUCAAACAGUCGGCGGCCAUCUUUGUCAGAUGAAAAGGAUGUUUUAGUUUUACAGGUGCUGAAAGGUUUUUUUUCGUUGCUCUUAUUCUAUUUCUCUCCCUUUUUAUUGCAGCUUCGUAAAGCUCAAGAUGAAAUAGGCGAAUUACAGACCGUUAACGAUCACCUUCAGAAGAGAUUCGAUAAACUAAAGAGCAAAAGAAAAGAUGACACGUAGUGCAUGUAGAAAUAGUUUUGUUACUAAUUCAGGGAACAUUUGUAUGUCGAAUUCAAUGAACAGAACCGACAUAUCCAGUUUGAUCUGAGGCGAACAGGCCUGUUUGUGCAAUAAAACAACAUCGGUCGUUAUCACUUCCCGAUGAGUUUUGCCGUCAUUAACUGUCACUGUCAUUGUUAUAGUUUGUCUGAUUGGCUGGAAAUAGUUAACAAAGUGCCUCAGAAGGUUAACAAAAUAGCAGAGACAGUGAUUGAUGAAAAAUGACACCUGAGAGUACCAUAGAAGAUAAUUUUAUAUGCGCGAGGUUAUUUUAUAUUUUCCAACGUGAGAUAGACGCAUUUUCGUAAGGGAAUGUUUAAUAACUCGAGGGAAUGGUGUGGAAAACGUAAUGCCGUUUGUGGCUUACUUACUUAUGACUUGCAGACCAUAUUAGUAGAUAUGAAGCUAUUUUUCCACAAAUAGUUUCCUUUCAGUUAAAUAGGAACACAUAAUGCCUUUUGACCUGGCUUUAACAGCAUUUUGAUCGCUUUCAAUGCGUAGUAGUCAAUAAACCUGGUAUUCAAGCCAAAGUACGGAGUGGAAAUUAUUUUUACAGGAAAAAAAUUGUUGUUUACUUAGUGAUUAGUAAUUGUUAAUGAAGGGAAAUUUAAAGGUU